CCCGCCGCAGAGAGCUUGGAUGGCAGCCAGAAAGUUAUCAGUCUUACCCUGGCGCUUUCUACCAGGCUGGACGCAAAACCCGCCUUGCUCUGACUCUGCAGACAAUUCCUCGAUUCACGCACUCAUUCCAGCAACAGCAGCCUUGCUUGCUGUCCAUUCUGAAGCUUAACGCCGGCUUUAAAAAACAAAAGGAACUGCUACAGCCUCUGACGACGAGCAAUUAACUAAUAAAGGCUAGAGUCGACCUUUCUGCCCUAUGGAGACGCCAGGCGACCCCGCGGAGGAGGAUUCCCCCAGCACGCGCGCGAGUGGCCACCCAGCUCGCCCGCCCUUUGAUUUCACUCGGUCGGAUACACCUUGGAACGCCCCGGGCCCCGGUUACCUAGGCGACGUUGUCAGCAACCUUCCAUCGUAGCCGCGCGGACGUUCUGAGCCCGCCCUCUUCGGCCGGCCUACGCCAAUCGCGCCGCAUCCCCUUAACCUGCUGGGGGCUGACGUCAUGGCCGGUGAGUUUUCCCACCCUCCUCACCGCCUUCUCCUGUUUGCUGUGCCUGCUAGCGGAGCGGCGGCGGCGGCGGCAGUGCGGGGCGGGAGGAGCAAGCCGGCCCUGCCCUGCCCGGCGCAGCAUGGCCAAGCACCACCGCACACCGGCGCGCAGCCCGGAGCCCGUCAUCGAGGUCAAGAGCAAGUUUGAUGCUGAGUUUCGCCGCUUCGCCAUGAAGCGCUCCAGUGUGGGCGGCUUCCAGGAAUUCUACCAGCUGAUCCAGAGAGUCCACCAAAUCCCUUGCGUGGAUGUCCUGCUGGGGUACACAGAUAUCCACGGUGACCUGCUGCCCAUCAACAAUGAUGACAAUUACCACAAGGCACUGUCCUCUGCCAAUCCUCUGCUCCGGAUCAUUAUCCAGAAACGAGCAGAAGCUGAUACCAGCGUCUUUGCCUCCAAUUCGCUCCAGCGGAAGAAAAAGGGGCUCCUCCGCCCAGUGCACCAGCGGACUAAGCCGCCCUUGCUGAUCGGCAUGCCGCAGGACUUCCGCCAGAUCUCCUCCAUCAUCGAUGUGGACAUUCUGCCCGAGACCCAUCGGCGGGUCCGGCUGCAUAAGCACGGCUCUACCAAACCCCUGGGCUUCUAUAUCCGGGACGGGAUCAGCGUGCGCGUGGCCCCCCAUGGCGUCGAGAAGGUGCCCGGCAUCUUCAUCUCCCGCUUGGUCAAGGGAGGGCUGGCGGAAAGCACAGGGCUGUUGGCUGUGAAUGAUGAGAUUCUGGAAGUCAAUGGCAUCGACGUGGCGGGCAAGUCCCUAGACCAGGUCACGGACAUGAUGGUGGCCAACAGCCACAACCUCAUCAUCACCGUCAAGCCGGCCAACCAGCGCAACAACGUGAUCCGCAGCAGCAAAGCCUCGGGCAGCUCUGGCGUGUCCACGGACAGCACCCCCAGUCAGCAGACCCCCAGUCCGGCUUCCCAGUACCUGAGCAACUGCAGCACAGCAGAGGGGGAAAGCGACGAAGAGGGUGACCUGGUGAUCGAGAGCGAUUUGCCUGCCAGCUGUCCCAAUGGCGGCCUCCUCGAGAGCUUGCAGCACAGCCUGUCCCUCUACAGCUCUCAGGGCUCACUGCCCUCCCUGAACAGUCACAGUGGCAGGGGCAGCCGAGCGGGCAGCCUCCGGGAGGAUGGCACAGUUGUCACACUAUAGCCCCAGGCGCUGUCCCUCCCUUGUCUUCUGGAUUACAGCAUCUCCAAGGUCAGUUUGGCAGUACCUUCUCCCUGGCCUAUGGAGUCAGGUCUGGGGGGCGCCCCAUUUGGAACCGGAAAGGCUGCCCAGACCUGCCGUCACCUACUCUCCUUUGCACACUGCCUGCAGGCCCAGCGGUGCUGCUGUAGCACAGAUGGCAGCUGGGAUUGGAACAACUGGAGCUGGCCCAACUUCCCUGAAUCCUUUGCCGCUCGAGAGGCCCCUUCCUGGUCCCAACUGAACCAAAUCAAUGGGAGUUUUAUGACCUUCCCCCGUUCCCUCUCUUCAGCCCCUGCCUGUAUUCCAGGUGGGAGGGGAAGGGGGGGGCUCUGCCUCUCUCACAAUCUCUGGUCCUUCCCUCCACUGAAUCUCGGCUCUCAUGAAGUGUUGGUUUUUGUUUUGUUUUUAUGAUAACAUGCAUCACAGAUUAAUAUAUUGCAACAGACUAUUAAAAUCUUUUUUUUAAGGAA